AUGGUUGCCAUUCGCUCACAAGGCCGCACGGCCCGUCGUCUUCGGACCUUGACGACGAAUACAGAUGCUUGCAAGUCUCCUUGCCUCGAGCACAGCCAGCCACAAAUACCCACUCCACCCUCAGCAUCGAGUCCCUCCGCGGAAGGGCAACAUGUCCAGAUACCUUCCAGUCCGGCCGCCGCGGUUGCCACCAUACCGGGGCUUCGCCACACGUUUGGCUCUCUUUCCACCAGCACGGAAGCCCAUCACUACACCCUGGAACACCUCGACAUACUGCAGGCCAACGUACGCAGAGAAUCUCAGCGUGUCCGUUUUCUGGCGGAUCACGGAUCCACUUUGGAUCGAGUCCCCGCCAUCCUUGCCAUACAAGACCCUCCAGUCGAGGUGUUCCAGCUAUCAGAUUACCAUUACGAAUAUCGAAGCGACUGGGGCAUCAUCGACCACGAAGACAAGCCAUCCCUCGACAAAAAGGGGAAGCAGAAACAAGGCGUCCGGCGCGUGGCAUUUUACGUCCACAAAUCGAUCAACUUGAACUCUUGGAGGGUUGAGUGGGAUGUGCCGCACGGCGAGGGAUACAUCGCCAUGUUGGUGCUCCGUCUUGAUAACGACAGCGAAAUCAAGAUCUACAACGUCUACAACCGCAGGCCGGGCAAGUCCUUCAUCAUGAAGAACUUUUUUGCCGCAUGUCGGAACCUCGACAAUUGUUUCAUCCUUGGCGACUUCAACGCCCAUCAUAAGGACUGGUCUCUUCCUGACCCCAAGGGGAAAAGGCCAAAAGGGAAUACACAUGGCAGAACUCUCAACUCAGCGGCAAAGAAAGCAGGGAUGCGUUGCCUCGUCUGCAAGAUCCCUACAUAUCGGAGUGGUUCUAAACAAUCAACCAUUGACUUGGUCUGGGCUGGAAAGGAACUCCGUCGUCGAAAUCCAAAGGUCCGAGUUGAGGAUGCUCGUGGGUUCCACGAGGACCAUUGUGUCAUCUACACCACUCUGGACGCUCGAGUUAGUCAGGACGGUAGUAGGAAGUGGAAAUUUGAUCGCAUGAACAGUGUGGACAAAGCGAAAUUCAGGAAGAAGGUGGGCGCUACACUGCGUCUUCUGCGAGACUCUGACAAAUCCUUGCCGGACCUGUCUUCCCCAUCGCGCAUCAAUCUUUUCGCCUCGGAUAUUAUCAACGCUGUUCAGCUUGCAACCGAAACUUGCGUCGAGAGUCAAGUGCGGAACCCAAACACGCCUCGGAAACAACUACCGCUUACACCCGCUAUACGAGACCAUCUUGCACAAGAGAGAAUUGCCAUGAGCAAAUUGCGCCGGAUGACAUUUGGAAAGCGACCAUACCAGAAACAGCUACAAGUUCUUGAAGCCCUCCACAGCAAAAGCAAUCGUCUGAUGAGACUCGAAGGCAGGAAGCAUUGGCGGUGCAGAGCUGCCAUUCAGUCUUUCCAGGACCCAGGGCUAUGGUCGCUGGUGAGGUGGGCGCAACGUCGUAGCAAGAUCCAGCGACCACCGCAUAUGCCCAUGUUCAAAUCUACCGUAAACAAUCAGACCACCAUUUGCGGUAGCUCAGAGGAGAAUGCCAAGGUUUUCCGGGAUUCGAUAUGGGAGAAAACGCGCGAUUGUCCCCCUGACGAGGUCCCGCAGGGUGGGACGUCGAAUCUGCUGCACACUGGGUGCCAGAUUCCGGCCGCUCCAGCAAGUCCUGCUGGGGGCCCUGAUUCGACGCCUGUAUGCUGCAACACGCCCACCACACCAUCCCUUCCCGAAAGCGUUUCCGAAAGCGUUCCCGCCACACCAGCAGAGUCGCAAGGUACUUCUUGCCCUGCAUCAGACUCAACCUCUUUUGCACCUCCGCCUGGGGUCGACCCAGCCCAUUGGGCUGCUGCCUUGUCCAGGGAGAGAGCCAAGACUGAAGGUCAGAGAAAAGCCAGAGCUGAAGUCAGGGCUAGGCACGCCGCCCAAAAGAAGGCCGAGGCCAAACGCAAGGACAUUGAGAGGCUUAUCAAGAUAAUGGGACAUGACAAGCCUCCACUCAUUAUGGAGAAUCAUGUCGCCAAUGUCAUCAAACGCCUCAAGACCGGCAAGAGUCCAGGCCCUGACGAAGUCACGAGCGAUGCUCUCAAGUACGCGAGCACCUCCCUGUUGCCCUACCUCACGCACCUCUUCAAUGCCUGCGUGCGGUUGGGUCAUUACCCCGACUGCUUCAAGGCUUCCAUCACAGUCGUGCUUGCAAAAGAGGGCAAGUCUGACUAUGCCACACCAAAGAGCUGGCGCCCCGUGGCGCUGCUCUCCACUAUCGGCAAGGUCUUUGAGCGGCUCAUUGCAGACCUUCUUCGGCAAAUAUCAGUCCGUCUCGGACUGGUUCCACCCCACCAGUAUGGAUUCGUCGGCAAAGGCACUUCCAAGGCCGUUGAGUUCAUUGCCAAUGCGGUGAUGGACGGGUGGCUUGCUGCGUUGAAGACGACUCUCUUAGGGCUUGAUAUUACAGGAGCCUACGACCAUGUCAGUUGUGAAGAAUUGAUCAUCAUCAUGCGCGCCAUGGGGAUUCCCGAGUGGUUGUUGGCUCUGAUCACAUCGUUCUUCUCCGAUCGAAAAACCAGGCUCCGAAUGCCGGGCUAUAUUUCGAUGGAGUUUUACGUUGACAUUGGUAUUCCUCAGGGAAGCCCACUAUCGCCUAUUCUCUUUACCUUCUUUGCUGCGCGGAUCAUCGAGAUGUUUGACGAGGAAAACCCCAAGGAAGACCGUGUCUUUGCACUUUCAUACGUCGAUGAUACGUACAUCGUUGUUACUUCAAAGGACUAUGCGAGAAAUUGCGAGCUCAUCGAGAAGUGGCAUCAGCGAGUUCUGGAGUGGGCCGCACCGCGCGGUAUCAACUUUUCUCCAGCCAAGUACAGUGUCAUGCACUUUCGAAAGCCUGGUGAUCGAGGUGAGCCGUACGAGGGGGUUCCCAACAUUCCCAACUUGGCCAAGAACAGCCUGGUCAAGGAAAGGUUGACAAAGAGAAAGAAGAGGGCGGUUCUGAGGAAGAAGCGACAGGACCCAGCGAAGCGACAAGACCCAGCGCUUAGAAACGACGACGAUGAUGAUGAGGAGGAGGAGGAACUUGGCGGUCUUCGAAUACUGGGUAUUCAGGUGGAUCACAAACUGACGUGGGCCGAUCAUAUUGAUAGCAUUGAGCGCAAGGUUGAGACGAAGAUGAACUCGCUGCGCGGCCUGCACCAGUCAACGUGGGGACCAGGAUUUCAUCAGAUGAGGAAGAUAUAUCUCACUAGCGUCAGGUCGAUCAUCUCCUAUGGCUGUGCGGCAUGGUUCCUCUUUGGCGACAACCACAUGAUGAAGUAUCAUCUCACGCAAGCUCUCGUCGACCGGCUUCAUUCACUGCAGGCACAAUGUCUUCGGAUGCUAGCUGGGGCCUUCGGUUCAACACCUGGCGCUGUUCUCCAGAAGGAGUUGAAUAUUGAGCCCAUCACGGUUCAUCUCCUAAGACUCGCGACGUGUCAACGUGCCCGUGCACUCGAUGGAGACGACCCGGGCUUGAUGGAGAGCUUGCAUAACCGCUUCUAUUCCAGACACAGGUCUGACAAGUUUGACAAACAACCUUACAGAGUCGCAUACUACUAUGCCAGAGCCGUGGCCAGCGAAGUAGGGACCGAAUAUGAUCAUACGACAAGGACCAGGAACCUCGAGCGCCCCGAGUGGAGUAGACUUGACAUCAUGCACCGGAAAAUCGCCAUUGGGAAAUAUGUCCAGCGUCAAUCCAACCUAUUUUGUGCAGAGCUCUGGCGAGACUAUUGCGAGCAACGCCAGAUGUCAAAAUCUCGCUCAGACUUCAAUCGCACUCCGGUCGCGGUCAAGGGGAAAUGGGGCAAGGAGAGUCUCAAGAUCCACAAGGACCUCACCCAUGCCCAGAGCAGCAUCUUGAUCCAGUGCCGCACCGGGCACAUUGGACUCAAUUCAUACUUAUCUUGGAGAAAGUGCCCCGACGUCGUGACCAAGAUGUGUCCCUGUCGCACAGGUGAACAAACCGUCGGCCACUUGUUCUACGCAUGCCCAGACCUUCAAGAGCAAAGAUCGCAACUCCCUCUCAAGGACCUCAGGGGCGGCAAGCGAACCCGCAAUGGCAUGUGUACCCUGGAGGGUCUGCUUACUGAGGGCGCCGCCCAAGCGUCCCGCUGGGCCAUCAACCAUUUCGGCAUCCAACAGUUCACAUGGACUUCGAACCAUGCAGACUUUGCAUCUUUCAAGGAUAUGGUGCAUGCUCAUCAGGGGGACUUCUGA